UCGAAAGUUAUUGUCCCACUUGCUGAACAUCUACACCGCCACAUUGUCGGUUUGCAGUCCGGGAAAAACAACUUUACUUUAAGAUUCCUGCAGCCGAAUCUGUUGCGUCGCAGAUAUGGUAGUUUAAUUGAUCAAUUACACGCAGCGGGACCGGGUCUGUUGAUAACAGCAGGGCGGCGAGAUGGCCAUCGCUCAUGUGGCUACAGAGUACGUCUUCAGCGACUUUAUGCUGAAGGAGCCAAGCCAGGCUCGAUACCGCAACGUCCGAACGGAGCUGGCUGCGGACAAGAUUGUGACCUGCGUGGCCGUGGGGCUUCCCCUCCUCCUCAUCUCGCUGGCCUUCGCUCAAGAAGUCUCAGUUGGUACUCAGCUUAGCUGUUUUUCUCCCAGUAACUUCUCCUGGAGGCAAGCUGCGUAUGUGGACUCGUACUGCUGGGCAACUGUUCACACUCACACGCUGCCUUUGUGGCUACACAAGUUCUUUCCAUACAUCCUGCUGCUGGUGGCGGUGAUGAUGUACACCCCGGCGCUGUUCUGGAGAUUUUCUGCGGCCCCGCUCCUGCAGUCGGACCUCGGCUUCAUCAUGGAGGAGUUGGACCGGUCUUACAACCGCGCCGUCACUCUGGCUAAACAUAUGGCUACCUCAGAUCUACCCACUUCAGACAGCGACUCCAUCGUGGGCUGUUUUAACUACCCGCUGGUGGAGAAGUUUCUGAUGACCAAGCGCGGCUCGCGGGCGCUGCUGUUCCACUACCUGCUGUGCCGCGGCAUUACUCUGGUCAUCCUGCUGUGUGCCUGCAUCUGCCUGGGCUACUACCUCCGCCUGGCCUCCGUCAGAGACGAGUUCGGCUGCACGCUGCGCUUCGGCCUGCUGGCCUCCGACCCCACCGUCCCCGAACAGGUCCAGUGUAAGCUCAUCGCCGUGGGAGUCUUCUCUCUGCUGAGCCUUGUCAACUUGGUCCUGUUUGUUGCACUGAUCCCAGUAGUGAUUUAUGCCGGUCUCCGCCCCCUCGUCUGUCAAGGAUAUGCCCAUUUCCUGGAGAUCUACCAGUCGCUGCCCACCGUGAGCGUCGGGCCCUCCCCUGACGGCCAAUGGGACGAUCUUUGCCUCUACCUGCUCUUCCUGGAGGAAAACAUCAGCGAACUGAAAUCUUACAAAUAUAUGAAGGUGUUGGAGAUGUUGAAGAAACAGGGCGAAUACGCUGAUGAAAACUUUGACGUGCUGGGUCUGCUGCAGACUCUCUACCUGGUGAAGAUGGACAACGUCGAUGGAAGAAAAGGCUCCACUGAGGCAAGGAAGCUGGACGAAGUGAAGAUAGAUGCAACAGACGCAGCGGCCAGUGAGCGAGCAGCGACGAAGAACAACCUCAGAUGCAUGAACUCUGGGAACGACACCAAGAUAGAAACAGAGAUGAAAGAACUUAGUCCUUUGCUGCCUGGAAACAGUGACGGGACGAGCGGCAAGGCUGACGAUGCUGGGACUCUUCGGCAGCGAGUGGUAUGAUAUGGAGCAGCAACUCGUAACACCUCUGUCCUGGAGACUGGAUAAAGAUUGACGCUCCUUCUC